AGUUAAUUUUGGAGAUGUGGUGAUCAACACACGAACAACUAAAACUAUAAGAAUUUGGAAUGAGUCUAAUCAAAUGUCUGCCAGGAUGAUGUACAAAAGAGUAACAGGUUUUGAAGUAACCCCACAAAGUUUUAGUAUUCCACCGAAUUCUUCUAGGAAAAUAACAGUUUCAAUAAAGCCUACUUGCCUCAAAUUGAGCAACAAAAUUACUUUUGAAAUUAGAAACCCCCAUGACAAGUAUGAGAAACCAUUACACGAUGAAGAGGAAACCGAUACAAAUUUUAUAGAAUAUACAGUAAAAUUCAAAUUAAAUGUCAUUUACCAAAAAAUAACAAUAAAGACAAAGUUAGAAUCGCUUCAUAAAUUGCACGAUGUUAACCCAGCUUACACGUAUACAGGUGCUGAAUUAGAACAGCAUUUACAACGUAAAAAUGUUGCUUUUAAACAUUUACAAAUAUCAAAGUCAUCCUAUGCUAAAAAACCAAUUUAUGAAAAAUUUACUACGGGAAAAGAAAGAUGCUAUUCAUAUACUUCAACGAAACCGAUUCCUAAUGACGGAAAUUUCUGUAAACAAACUAAGGAAGAUAUUCUUCCAUAUGAUUUAUUCGGCAUCGUCUUCUCGCCUUUUUGUAUUAAUUUUGGCAGAGUUGGAUUACUUACUUAUGGAGAACACGAUUUAAUUGUUCAAAAUAAAACGAAGCAUGAAUUCUGUAUCGAUUUUUUAAAAGACAGCUGUGUCCUCUAUGGACACGAACGAAAGAGAUCUUUAAAAAUAAAACUCCGUCCGCAUAAUGAUAAAGUAAUAACGAUCCAUUGCUUAGGAUCUUUUGAAGGAAACCUUAACGGAACGUUUGAUUAUAUAAUUAGUCAGAAAUACUACAGAAAACACCCUUACAGUCUCCAAGUGGGAAACCCUGGUCUUAUGAUCUAUGAUAAAUGUAUAAAAUUUGGGAUGGUAACCGCUGAAAGCUUUGUAACGUCGGUACCAAUUAAAAUAUACAAUCAUUAUAAUACUCCUGUUAAUUUUAAAUGGAAUGAAUUUCAUUCAGAUACCCCAUUCGAAAUAUCACCUACGUCUGGAACAAUACCUGAACAUUCCUGUAAGAUUUGUGAUGUAACAUAUGUGUGUAAAGCCACAAAAACUAAAAGUCACGAAGUGGAUCUUGUAUCGGAAGGGAAUUACACAAAAAUAAUACCGGUGGAGCUAAAUGUUAUCACAAGAAAACUGACAAUAAAGUUUUUACAAUUAGCCGUAGUUUUCAAAGACAUUGCUUUAAACGUAGAGACAACAGAGAUGGUUAAACUCGAGAAUUCAUCUCGAGAGAUUGCCUUAUUUCAUGUAGUAGAGCCAUUAAUACCCGGUUUAAAAAUAGAACCCAUGUGUGGCAUCAUCCGCCCUAAAAUGUUACUAAACUUUAAAAUUACAGUAAAAAUACCUUGCAUUUUAGAGUUUUCAUUCGAUAUAUAUGUUAAAAUAAAUAACAAAGAGAAUGUUAUUCUACCAGUGAGUGGUAAUGUUGUUGAACCGAAAAUCUUAAUUCAUCCAAAAAAUAUAUUUAUGUCCAGGGUUCCGUGCGAUAUGAUCACAUAUGUUCCCGUUACGUUUCAAAAUUUAAGCACAUUACUUACAUUUAUAGAAAUACUAGAUACCGGCGAUGAAAAUAUAUUUAAUGUGUAUACGGCAAUAGGAAAUGAAAAAAAGAGACUAUUUGAAUUUUCAAUUGAAGGAGGACAGACGAAAAUUGUUUUUAUUAAAAUAUGUGAUGUUUUUCGACGAGAAUAUGAAAUGUAUAUACCGUUCAAAAUAAAUGGAAUACUAGGUCCACCCUGCGAAGAUACUUCGUCAACAGAACUUCGUUAUUACAUCGGUGAUCAUGAAAAAUAUUAUGAAAAUAAUUCGAAGGUAAAAUUGAAACCAGUUAACAAAGACAUAAGUUACUGCAGAUUGACUGGUGUUAUUACUGUGCCAUGGAUUAAUUUUUCAGUAGAUAAAUUUGAACUUAAUUGUGGUACAAAUAAAAACGCAAGCUUAGACUUUACAAUGACCAACGUGUCUAAGUACAAUUUAUAUGUUACUAUCUUAACAUCGAAGUUGUCUCCAAAUUUUACACUAGAUUUACAUACAGCUGACAACCAGUCAAUAAUUAACGAAACCCAUAUAAAAUUCGAAUUGGAUCGAGGAAUGAUAGCAAAUUUUACAUUAAGCUUUCACCCAAAAUGCCAUGGAAGAUUUGUAUCUGUAGCAUUGCUAUAUCUGGAUAAGCAAAUGACGAUACCGUACUAUAAUUUAACUUUUAUUGGAAAAAAACAGACACCUGAUAUGGUUCCAAGCACUCACAGAAUUAUUUUUCCUCCGUGCCACCCUAGCGAAGUUAUAUCUCGAAAUAUAACCCUUCGAAUAGAAUCAAACUCAAAUAUCGAAGACUUUUCCUGUUGUUCUAAAGAAGAACCAAAUAUUAUAGUAAAACUGAUAGAUUCCAACAAUAUACAAGAAAACGAUAAGUAUUACACCGUUGUUUCCGUGAAAAUUACAGCAAGCUGUAAAGUAUCUUAUGCAAGAAAUAUGACACUUAACUUUAGCCAUAUCAGUGGUUCAUGUUGUGAUGUUGAAGUCAGUUUUUGUUUUACAUAUUGUCCUUUGACAUUACAUACAAACAAUUUUGUUAAACCGAAUGAAAAUCCUUAUCCCUUUUAUCCACUUGAUACACAAACUGAACUUUAUGGAUACAUGGAGGCGUGUACAAAUUUUCUUGAGAAAUGGAUGUAUCAACAAGGAUUCAGAAGAGAUUUAUAUCCCAUAAUUCCGGAUACAUUUCACGCUAUUUCUUCAGCCUUAUCAUCUCAAGGUGGAGGUACAAAAACUAAGGGAAUAAAUGUGUCCUAUCUAAAUUUUGUCAAAAGAAUCGCAGGACCAUUGAUGAAACACGUUCGGAAAAUUACUUCAUCAGCCGCAUCCCCGUCUUGGUACUGCGGUAUAUGAGCAAUGAGUAUACAACUGGCCUGAUUACCGCUAAACACUAACUAAAAAAAUGUCUGAUAGGACUAUCUGUAAAGAAGAUGCAGCAAAAUGCUCCCAAGAGAGUUGGUGGCAUAAAUUAUACACUCAUAAACACUAGAAAUAGACUGACUUUUAUUAUUUUAAGUUUGAUUUUCUUAUUGACAAUACAUAAUAACGAAUUAUAAAUUCCUCCAUUCCUCCAUUCUUUGUGUUUCCAUUUGUACGGACUACGUAGGUACUUGCAAUCAAUUAUUAUUCGAACAAUUGAUCCAAUAUUACAAUUCCCACAAUAUGUAGGUAAUUAAAUCGUUUUAAACUCUAAUU